GAAGAUGUUGAUAUUCCCAGUAGGAGAGUUCUGAUUACUGGUGCCACGGGACUUCUUGGCAGAGCUGUGUUUAAAGAAUUCAAUGAAAAUAAUUGGAACGCAGUUGGCUGUGGAUACAGGAGAGCUCAGCCCAGAUUUGAGCAGAUUAAUCUUUUGGACUCUAUCGCAGUUCAUGACAUUAUCCAUGAUUUUCAGCCUCACGUCAUAGUGCAUUGUGCUGCUGAGAGAAGGCCAGAUGUUGUAGAAAGUCAACCAGAUGCUGCUUCUCAGCUCAAUGUGGCUGCUUCGGCGAACUUGGCAAAAGAGGCAGCUGGAGUUGGAGCGUUUCUGAUCUACAUUAGUACAGACUAUGUAUUUGAUGGAACAAGCCCUCCUUAUAAAGAGACUGAUGCACCAAAUCCGCUGAAUUUAUAUGGUAAAACCAAACUGGAGGGUGAAAAAGCAGUCCUGGAAAAUAAUGAAGGUGCUGCAGUCCUUAGGAUUCCUGUCUUGUAUGGAGAGGUAGAAAGACUGGAGGAAAGUGCUGUGACUAUUAUGUUUGAUAAAGUGCAGUUCAGUAAUAAAUCUGCCAACAUGGACCACUGGCAACAAAGAUUUCCUACUAAUGUCAAGGAUGUAGCAACUGUUUGCAGACAACUAGCAGAGAAGAGAAUGCUGGACCCAUCAGUAAAAGGAACAUUUCACUGGUCUGGCAAUGAACAGAUGACUAAGUACGAAAUGGCAUGUGCCAUUGCAGACGCUUUCAACCUUCCCAGCAGCCACCUGAGACCAAUUACUGAUUGUCCAGUUGUGGGUGCCCUUCGUCCGAGGAAUGCUCAGCUGGACUGCUCCAAGUUGGAGAUGCUGGGGAUAGGUCAGAGAACGCCGUUUCGAGCUGGGAUCAAAGAAUCGCUUUGGCCUUUCCUUGUGGACAAGAGAUGGAGGCAGACAGUCUUCCAUUAGUUUGUAUCUUUUUUAGUAAAAGUAUGGUAUGUGGCACUUUUUUAAAAGAAAAAAUAGUUUUGUAUGAGUGUUCUUAAAUUGUGACAUCUAUGAGUUUUCAUUUAAUCAGGUAAACAUAUGGUCUUGCACUAGUGAAAUUGUUGGCCUAAAAAAGUUCAGUGACAGAAACUGAGCCUAUUUGAUGUCAUGGAUCUUUCCUUCCAUUCGUACCAGUCUAAGUUAAUGUCUGUUCCCAGCAGAUUAUGGUUCUUAGUAAUCAGUACCAUUUGAUGCUAAGAAUGCCUCAGAUCACCUGCAGACUUACUUUUGGCUGAAAUAUGUUGUUGAUGCUUAAGGUCUGUGCCAUUGUUCUAUUAUACCAUUUCUCUUCAUUAAACGACAUGGUCGGUUACUUUAUCACCAAAAAAUCUGAGUAUUUUGUUUUUAACUUCUGAAGGUGGCAUUCUUAUGAAGUUAAACUGAAGCAGGAGUCGUUAAAUGUUUGUUUUGCUUGAGCUCUGAUCAAAAUGUUUUUUAAAAAAGUGAAACUUUAUUUUUGCAAUUAGCAAGUGUAGUUUUUAUGCUUGAAAUAUUUUCAGAAUGUUCUGUAACUUGAAUGCCUGCAGCUUCACAUUUGUACAGUAAGUCGUAUGCAUUUGUUUUGGUAGUGACAUAAAAGCUAGGAGAGGGUUGGGAGGGUGGGGAAUAAAUAGUUUUGACCUUUUUUUGUGGGGUGGGAGGGGGAUUGGAGUUGGAGGAUAAUUUUUUUUG